AUGAACCUCACCAAGAUCAUCGCCCACCUCGCCAUCAUUGCUGCCGCCAUGGGCUCGCUCACGGAAGCCGGCGGCAAGUUUGGUCUGCCGGCCCAGCAGUCGAUCGUCUCGAAGGGGAAACCCGUGGUCGUCGUUCCGGCCCCUGCGACCUACGCGCCCAUCGUCACUCCUGCUCCAACGACCAAGCCUCCGACUGCGCCGGCCCCGACUCCCUGUGCGACGACUAAGGCACCGGCCCCAACCCCUUGCCCGACGACGAAAGCACCUACCGCGGCUCCGGCCGCAACGACCAAAGCACCUAUCGCGGUUCCGGCCCCAACUCCCUGUGCAACGACCGUGACUCCGGUGCCGACGCCAUGUGAGACUACCGCGGCACCCAUUGCGACUCCGAAUCCAACGACCGCACCGACUCCGGCUCCGACGACCGCGGUGGAGACGCCGAUCCCGACGCCGGAGGCCACCACUGGAGGCUCCAGCGAGACGCCCGCGCCGACCUCAACUCCGGAGGCCACCACCGGCACGGACACGCCGAUCCAAACCACGCCGGACACGCCGGCACCGACUCCGGCUCCGACGACCGCGGUGGAGACGCCGAUCCCGACGCCGGAGGCCACCACUGGAGGCUCCAGCGAGACGCCCGCGCCGACCUCGACUCCGGAGGCCACCACCGGCACGGACACGCCGAUCCAAACCACGCCGGACACGCCGGCACCGACUCCGGCUCCGACGACCGCGGUGGAGACGCCGAUCCCGACGCCGGAGGCCACCACUGGAGGCUCCAGCGAGACGCCCGCGCCGACCUCAACUCCGGAGGCCACCACCGGCACGGACACGCCGAUCCAAACCACGCCGGACACGCCGGCACCGACUCCGGCUCCGACGACCGCGGUGGAGACGCCGAUCCCGACGCCGGAGGCCACCACUGGAGGCUCCAGCGAGACGCCCGCGCCGACCUCGACUCCGGAGGCCACCACCGGCACGGACACGCCGAUCCAAACCACGCCGGACACGCCGGCACCGACUCCGGCUCCGACGACCACGGUGGAGACGCCGGUCCCGACGCCGGAGGCCACCACUGGAGGCUCCAGCGAGACGCCCGCGCCGACCUCGACUCCGGAGGCCACCACCGGCACGGACACGCCGAUCCAAACCACGCCGGACACGCCGGCACCGACUCCGGCUCCGACGACCGCGGUGGAGACGCCGAUCCCGACGCCGGAGGCCACCACUGGAGGCUCCAGCGAGACGCCCGCGCCGACCUCAACUCCGGAGGCCACCACCGGCACGGACACGCCGAUCCAAACCACGCCGGACACGCCGGCACCGACUCCGGCUCCGACGACCACGGUGGAGACGCCGACUCCAAGCCCGCCCGCCAAGGCGACUGGUUCAUCAAAGACCGCUCCUACGCCGUGCCCAUCGGUUACCAAGGCGGCUCCGAAGCAGUCGAAUGUGAACCAGAAGGCUGGAAGCGUUCCCGGCAAUGGCGUUAAGGCUGGCGCGGCUACCGGUGGCAAGCCCACUGCUGUGUCUGGUGGCGCAGCUCCGGCCAAGGGUUCUACAAUCGUCUCAAGUGGAAAGCAGGAACCCAUCACUGUCGGCAAAUCCGAUGCCAAGGACAGCAAGGCAAAGGCGCAGCCCCCUACCAAGACGACUGUCGCUCCAACUCCGUGCCCAAGCCCGACUGUGGCCGGGAAAGCAACCGUAUCGAAAAGCCGCCCAAGCCGCUACCUUCGCCAGUAA